AUGUUCCUGGAGAACUAUUCCCGUGUCCUCGCUGGGGUCAUGAUGUGUAUGAUCUUCGCACAGCAAGGAUACAGUGCAUGUAUUCCCUCCUAUGGAUCUAGCAAGCGGCAUAAUCGAGAGGGCUAUGAGAGCCACGCGCCAGAAAGUACAUUGCCAGCAAGUCCAGUUAUAGCUUCUCACUUAGACACCAACCCAACCCCUACGAAGGGCAUUGUUCCUACCUUUACUCCUACAACCUCCCCAGAUGCACCUAAAGUGUCUGGAAUCAGAGCGACGAGCGGGGAUCUUAUCAUUCCAUUCUAUCUUUACCCAUCGGAGGGAGCCUGGACUCCGAUGAUAGAGUUGAUCAAGGCCAAUCCCGAUGUCAAGUUCACCAUCAUCAUUAACCCGGACAAUGGCCCAGGAUCGACUGCGCUGCCUGACGAGAACUUCUUGGCUGCUGUUCCUAAGCUCACGGCUCACGACAAUGCGCUGGUGAUUGGCUACGUCCGUACUGACAAGGGCUCUCGCGAUAUUGCUGAAGUGAAGAAGGACAUUGAAACAUAUGCAGGAUGGGCAUCUGCUAGCGGAGACACAUCGUUCACGGUGCAUGGGAUUUUCCUAGACGAGGCGCCCUCCAAGUAUCAUGAAAAUACUGUUACUUAUUUCAAAGACCUCACUUCGCACAUCAAGGAGGCGAAGGGACUGGGGCCGAGCAAUUAUGUGAUUACGAAUCCCGGGGCUGUCCCUGAUGCUGCCUACCUUGAAAUCCCGGACUCGACUGUCAUUUUUGAAUCGCCUUAUAGCGAGUUUCAACAGGCCUGGUCCUCGGACGUGUUUCAAAGCAUCCUCGGGCAGGAUCUCAGUCGCUUUGCAUCCAUGGUCUAUGAUGUCCCUAGCGACGUAGAUAUUUCGACAGUCCUAACCCAGCUGCGCGCCAUCUCCAGCCAGACCUAUAUCAGCAAUCUAGACACAUACCAGGCCUUUGACUCGGCAUGGCACAAGGUGGUGUCUCUCCUCAGUGUUUGA